ACUACAACGCGCUUCACUCUACGUCUACCGCCAAGUACAACAAGAAGUGUAUACCGACGAGAUGAGUUUACUGUCCAGUUCUGAGCAGCAUCAACUUCCCAAAACAAGUCCUAUCUACUCGUUUACACCAUUCCUAGAUGAGCACGGAAUAAUUAGAAUGCGGGGUAGAAUAGGAAAUUGCGAGUUUGCAACGAUGGAUGCUAAAAACCGCAUAAUUCUGCCCAAAAAACAUUGGGUAACCAAAUUACUCGUAUCAUACUAUCACGUGCUGUAUCAUCAUAGCAAUCACGAAACGGUAAUAAAUGAACUGCGCCAGGUAUACCGUAUUCCUCAGCUAAGAGUGUUAUACAAAAGCGUGAGAUCUGGCUGCCAAGUAUGUAAAAACCUAAAGGCUAUUCCAAAUCCUCCUAUGAUGGGUGAUCUACCGAGUGCUAGGCUAGCGGCGUUCUCAAGGCCAUUUUCGUUUAUUGGCGUGGACUAUUUCGGGCCAAUGUAUGUUACAGUUGGACGGAGACUUGAGAAAAGAUGGGGUGUACUGAUAACGUGCCUGACUGUGCGAGCUAUUCACGUUGAGAUUGCACAUUCCCUAAAUGCUGAUUCGUGCAUCAUGGCCUUACGAAACUUUAUGGCUAGACGUGGCGUACCGUCUCGAAUCUUCAGCGACCGUGGUACUAACUUCGUUGCGGCUAAUAAAGAACUUGAAGCAGAAUUGAAGGAGAUGAAUCAAGAGCAUGUUAUUCGAGAAAUUGUGAGUCCUCAUACCGAGUGGGAGUUCCUGCCCCCUGCAUCUCCACACAUGGGUGGUAGCUGGGAACGGCUCGUCCGCUCGGUAAAAACGAACCUACAAAAGAUGAAACCCCAACGUAAUCCGUCCGAUGAAUCCUUGCGCAAUACACUCAUCGAAAUAGAGAAUACUGUAAACUCUAGACCAUUAACGUUUGUGCCUAUAGAUGACCCUGAUGCCCCAGUUCUGACUCCGAACCACUUUCUAUUGGGGUCAUCCAGCGGAUUGAAACCUGCAGCACCCCUGGACGAUAGUAGUCGUUCUCUGAGACGGGCAUGGCGAGCCUCACAAGCAGAGGCGAAUCUUUUUUGGCGUAGGUGGCUGCGAAGCUAUCUUCCGGAGCUGACCAAAAGAUCUAAGUGGUUCAAUAAGGUCGAGUCGAUUAGUAUGAAUGAUGUCGUGGUGGUGGUGGAUCCCGGACUUCCUCGGAACUGCUGGCCUCUCGGGCGUGUCAUCUCCAUCAAAACCAGCAAGGACAAUCAAGUCAGAACAGCAACUGUCCAGACCAGAAGUGGAAUCUACGAGCGUCCGGCCACGAAGUUAGCAGUACUUGAUGUUCGACGCGAUGGACCAGUAAGCCAGGAACCUGGCGUACCCGGGGGGGGGGGGAGGGGGGCUGUUGCGACCCCUCGGUCGGCGCGUCUCCACACAAGUCAAACGAAUAAGGGUCAGCUGUGGUAACGUCAACGUGACAUGUAGGUAGCCACCGAGCGAUCCGCUCGCCGUUGAUGAAUUGCAGAAAAAAUCAAAACAGAAGCUACAUGGAAUGUGAUGUGCAGUGAAUGCUAGCCAAAUUAUUAGAAUUCGUUAAUCUUAUACUGUUAUUAUCAGCAUUAGUAGAUCGAACGUGAACUUAUGUACUCGAUUGAAUAGUGUGCUGGUAUGCUUUGAAUUCGUGGGCCUCAUACCUUAAUUUGAACUUAAAUCUAGUUUUUUUCUCUUAGAUAACCUAUAAUUGAAAUAGUACGGUGGUAAAUCUAAUCACAAUUAGUUAAUACUAAGUUCUAAAACUACAGAACUACUACGUAAGUUGAACAUUAUUGAAAAUUGAACUCCUAACAUACUGAACAAGAUCUAAUUGGACAGGUGGGCAGAUCCCUUUGAUGCUCUAGUCGUUGCGUCAGUACUUUAGCGAAAGUGGUCCAGAGCUAAUUCCCGAAUCAUAAAAGUGGCCAGAAGGAGAAAAACCAAACCGAAAUAAGAAAACUAAACGUGAGUCCCACAACCUUUGUAAUUUAUGCCUGCCUAUUCAAUUUUUGCUAUGUUACAGGAUUUUUUU